AUUUUUUGGGAGCAUUUGGUUGUUUUUUAUUAAACUCCAUAAUUUUACCAGUAUUUUUAACUUGUUUUAAUCUUUGGAAUUAAAAAAUGCGCAUUUAUGAAAUCGGCUUAUCCGUAUUAAAAGAUUCGAACACGAGACUAACGUCCAGGGGGGUGAGGGUUAUUACAACGAACGUUCGUUCACUUGCACAGAGUAUAUACUAUACUUGAAGAAAGUGAAAAUCUAUGUUUUUUAUUUUUAAAUCCAUUUGAAUUAUUAUGGAAGAUACGAAAGACUAUACAGUAACAAUGUUUGGUAUAAGUGCAUUGCAAAUGCCUACAUUGAUAUCUAUUGCACCCAAGGAAUCAAUUUUGUUCAAUUUGCAAGCAUUGGGAUUUCCAUUUAAUAUGUCCAGGCCAUUCAUGAAAGAUCAUGUUGCAUUUUCGCCAGGAAAUAUACUGUCUGGACGAUGUUAUACAUUGUUCACAAGUGUAUAUUAUCAUACAGGUAGGGGGCUAUAUUAAUAAGAAUGGCCCAAUUAUUGCAUUAACUGGUAGUGCAGCCAAGUGGGAGGGCCGAGGUGAAAACUAAUGCCCUCAGCCCCCCCCCCCCCCAAGGGUAUCAAAAAUUGAGCUUGGGGACCCUUCUUAAGCAUUUUUAACUCUGCACCCCACUUGCAGAAUAACCUUAUGAAUUUAUGAUGUUUUACAGAUCUCCAACAUCUGCUGCAGAAUAUGGUAGUUCUAACAGCAGCCGGACAGCCUGUGCAUAAAAAGGUUGGACGACGACAUUUUCUUGCCAUUUUUACUGGUGGAGGGUUCUUCGGCAACCUAGGAAUGUGGGUGUAUUAUCUACUGCAGCGAAGUAUUUUUACGAAGACUGUUGCACAAGACCUGCAGCUGUUACCAAGUUCAGCAAACAAUAUAAUUAUAAAGAUAUGGUCCGAGGACACAUGUCCGAAGAAACUGAUUAUAAACCCUGAUACUUUAAACUAUGGGAUUUCAUGUUAUGGCUCAAGUGCAGGCGUUAAUGCCAUUUUGUCUUUCGGAGCAUGUUGUUCAGCAGAAAGAAUAGUUAGACGAUUACAGGAAUGUCACACCAACCAGAAUUUUGAACUUGACGUCUACUUUUUUUCUGAUGUGAUGAACAUUGUUUUUACACUUCGAUUGUUUUCUAAUGAUGCUGUGGCUCUUGUUAGCUCUUUCUUGACAGAAAAUGGGUUUUUUGACCAGCUGAUCACACAAACUGGAAAUAUAAUAGGAUAUGCAGGACAUGUAGCAGGAACAUUGUUUGGUCUUGUAUAUUACUAUUACAUGUAUAGAAGAAAUUUGUUGGUUUAGUUUACAAUUUACUUAAUAUGAAUAGUUGUUUACCCCUAAAUUUAAUAGCAAUGAAAUUAUUCACAAAUAUAGAAGUUACCUAGAAAUCUUCAUUUCUACUGUAACAACGGAAUGUUUUGUGGACUUAUUCAAGUUUUUACAGGUGUAUUUGCGUGUACGCAACUAUGAAAUAUUGUGAGUAGUUAUUAGAAGACUUUAACUCGCUGAACAUAUUGAACAUUCAGAUUGUCUUUGCAUGAUCCAGAUGAUAAACUAAACAUCUAAAAUCAUAUACAUGCUUUGAAAUAAUAACCAAUAUAUUUCUGUUGAUUGCAAUUGAAUGUUCAUGUUCUUCAUUGAUAUCAUCAAUGCUUAAACUAUGCACUUGUUGCCCAGUUUGGUUGUCAUAGAAACCAACAAUACCCUCUCCUCUUCUGGUUUGAUUGAGGUAGAGUACAACAAGCAGAUCAAGCUCAUCAUCAUAAUCAAUAUCCUGGAUAAUUUCCAGGUACAUACGGUUACUGUUGAACAGUUGUUUCACCUUCCGACCAGAUUUUGUAUGAACAGUGCUUGACACCUUUGUCGGGAGACGAUAGUCCAAGAUAAAUUGCUCGUGUAACUUGUGUGUUUUAAUUCCUGAUUCUGAGCUACCAGGACCAAACUUUAGGCAACUAUAAACAUGAAGAAAAAAAGAGCAAUAUUAUAUAUUGUUUUGUAAAGCAAAGAAAUUUAGGGCAGAUAAUAAAUUUAUAGUUUUGUCA